AUGACCCUGUUUGUGGUUGUGUCUGUGUUUUACACAGUCACCCUCGUGGGCAACAGCACCACCAUACUCCUGUGUCACCUGGAUCCCCACCUCCACACCCCCAUGUACUUCUUCCUCACCCACCCCUCCAUCCUGGACCUCUGCUUUACCACCAGCUGCAUCCCUCAGAUGCUGGUCAAUUUCUGGGGUUCAGACAAGACCAUAAGCUAUCUGGGAUGCGCAGCCCAGCUCUACAUCUUCCUGGGACUGGGAGCUGCAGAGUGCAUGCUGCUGCUGGUCAUGGCCUUUGAUCGCUACUUGGUGGUGUGCCGCCCUCUGCACUAUGCAGUUAUUGUGAACCCACCUCUGUGUCACAAGUUGGUAUCUCUGGUCUGGGUCAGUGAGGUUUUUGGCACAUUGGUGCAGUCUCCCACUACCAUGAAACUCCCCUUUUGCCUUCAUCACCAGGUUGACGACUUUGUCUGUGAGGUUCCUGCACUGAUACGCCUGGCCUGUGGAGACACCCACGUCAAUGAGCUCCAGAUCUCGGUGAUUGGUGUCAUCUUCCUGAUGGGGACACUGCUGCUCAUCCUUGUUUCAUACAGCCACAUUGCCCAGGCAGUGCUGGCCAUCCAGUCCCAGGAAGGCAGGAGCAAGGCCUUCCACACCUGCUCUUCCCACCUGGCAGUCGUCUUUCUCUUCUACUGCAGGGUCACUGCUGUCUACAUCCAACCUCGGAGUCACUUUUCAAAGAAGGGAGGGAAGUUCCUAAAUCUUUUCUACACCAUGGUGACCCCCACUCUCAACCCCCUCAUCUAUACUUUGAGGAACAAGGACAUGAAGGGAGCUUUCAAGAGGCUCUUUGGGAAAGACAGAAGGGCCAGUGAAGAAUGA